GCAAUCGUGACCAUAGUCAGUCGCAGGCAGAGGCCAGCAGCCAAAGCAACGAGCAACGAGAGGGCAACGCGCACUUUUUUUGAGCUUUCCGUUUUGCAGUUCGCAAAAGUUCGACUUGAGUCAAAUCUUUCCACAAUAAUAACAGAAAUAAUAACAAUAGCAGCAUCGACAAUAUGUGCGCGGUUUUUUAUUAUUGUUGUUUCUAAACAAUACUUUUAAUCAUUAGACAACGCGGUCCCUACUGAAAAAGCAGCAUUGAUAACGUCUAUGUGCAUGUGUUUUCUACUUACGCAUAUACAUACAUACACAUAUGCAUAUAAGAGAGUGCGCGCGCGUGUGUGUGUCUGAGCUCGUGUUUGUGUUGGUGCUUAUGUGUUAUGGAAUGCAUUUGAUUAGAUUUGUUUGACUUUGUUGUUAAACAAAUGCUUGAUUUCUGACUCUUAGUGUUUCAGUUUCUGUUGCUGUUUCCUCUUGUUCGAUUUCUGUGUCGGUUUCGCUGUUUCGACAAACAAAAGCUAAAGAGACGCGAGAACCGGUUAACUGUUUGCAAAGCUUGCAAAAAAAAAAAGAAAGAAAAACAACAAAACAACAUUGGUUUUGUUUUUUUUAAUGUAUUUUUUGGUGUGUGCACACUGCAAAUGCAAAAGCCCCAACAACAACAACAACGACAACAACAACAAUAAAAGCAGCGGAAACGAAUGAAAUUCGCAUAAGAAGAAAAUUAGCCAUUCAUAAUGCCAUAUGAAUACAUUCACUAAUUUAUUCAUAAACCGCGGUCAUGCAAAAUCCAGAAAAUUGAAAUAUUCGACGAAAAGCAAUAAAUAAAUGUUCUGCUGAUUAAGUGCAAAAAAUUGAAAUCAAAUGUGUCACAUUUAACGAAAAAUAUUAUAUAUAAAUUUAUAUACAUCAGCAAAAAAAAAGUGAUUAAAAGGCAAAAAUUGCAGUAAUUUGAGUGAAGUGCAAUAAAAAUACAACAGCAAAUAAAAGUAAUUCGUGCAACCUCGUAGAUACCAAUUGAAAUUGUGAAUAAUUUAUAAAAGGCAAUUGAUAUUGCAGUAGUACAGUGAAACAUGCCUACGAAGAAUUAAUUCAACGUCAUAAUGCAAAUUAAAAAUGGAAAACAAAAAGAUUAAUGAUUAACACUAAUAACAAAUAAAAGUAAAAGUACAAUACAAAGAGAUUGAAAAAAUAAAUACGAAGUGAGCUUAAAGCAAAUGCAAAUUGAACAAAAUGUGGCGCAUUCAGUUGAAAGCAAAAGCCAAAGAAGUGGCAACAACAACCCAGAAGUCAAGGCAAAGCAAUUAAAAAGAACGUUGCCAACAAGUAAAACAAAUAAAAGCAAAUAAACAAUUAAAGAAAAGUGCAUAAAAUACGAGUUCAAAAGCUCUACAAAAGCAGGGAAAAUGUCGGGCGUUCAGUUAAAGGACUCCGCGUUAAAGGCUAAAGAAAAAAGCAACGAGCCAGCGACAACAACAACAACAACAGCAGCAACAACAAUAGGAAAGAAAACUUUAACCUCGAGCGCGGCUUUGUCGCUGUUUGAUCAGCUGAAAAACGGCGUCAAUUUGAACAGUUUGACAGUUGGCGGCGCCACAGAAACAACAAAAGCAACAGCAGCAACAGCAGCAGCAGCAACAACUGGCGCUGCAACAACAGCAACAACUGCAACAUUGGCACCACCCGCUACACCACCGCCAAAUAUUGACUUAAAGCCACCGCCAAAGCCGCUCAAGGCAUCGACGGCAACGCGCACAUUUAACACGCCCAUUUUGCUGCCGCCCACAAGCAGCAUUGGCAUCGUGCACGGCACCAAACGAGGCAGGGACAACGGCAACAGCAACGACAGCGACAACUGUGCAGCGCCUGCAACAUUGUCGCAUUGUCGGACUGCAGCAGCGGCAGCUGCCAAAUUGGAUAUCAACGCAUUGCGAUCUCAGCUCUAUCAGGGCGCCAGAAAGACUGCAACAACAACAACAAAAACAACAACAACUGCAACAGCAGCAACAUCAACGAAGCGAACAACUGCAACAACAACAACAACAACAGCAGCAACUCGUGGAGAUCGAGGAGGAAUCAAAAAGAAACGCUGCCUGGAUCGUUACGAUUCAUCAGAGUCAUCAGACAGGCGACGUGCGUCGCAUGCUGGAAUAGCAGGCAGUAAGCUAGCAUUUCCAUCACCCGCGCGACAGGUGUAAGCGACAACGCGGCGUAUGCGUAAUGUGAAGACGACCCUGCCACUCAUUACAAAUGCGAGCGCACGCGCGCAGCUGCCCAAAAACGGAUUGCGGAUGGUCACUAGACUGCUGU